UUGUCCACUACACAAGAUAAAAUAGAAGCGCCUGGUCAUUCAUUGCCAGGAAGUGGGAACAACGAUCUGCCACGUUCGACGGAUAUUCCCGAUAAUACGGUAGAAAAAAAUACGGAGCAUAAUACGGAAGAGUCCAAAAAUAAUAAAAAGGAUAGGGUACAGACACCAAAUACGACGACAACUACUACCACUACUACAACACAGGCACCAAUUACUACUACAUCUAAAGAGGCGCCAACCACGACGACCACAACCACUACAACAAAGACACCAGGUGAUACGGCUACGACUACAGAAGUGUCAACCACAACGACCACCCGCGCACCGUCACGUCUUCGCGAAAGCGACGGCAGCCUCAGCAGCUCUGCGUGGGUGUGUGCCCCGCUGCUGCUCGCCGUAUCCGCGCUGGCGUGCACCGCUCUGGGCUGA